AUGACCAUUAGCGUGAACUUAGAAAAAUCUCGUUAUUUUCAUACUUGUAAAAUUCCGGGCCUGAGGAAAAUUUCAAGGCCCGGGCCCGGCCCGGAAUUUUGUCAUUUUAAACCGAAUUUUAAGCUCUCAAUACAAUUUUCUAUAUUUUUUUGUGCUUUUUGGAUUGUUUGUCUGUUUGAUCAAAAAAUAUUUUUAAAAAGGAGAUAG